UUUGUGUUUUGGGCGUACAGAAUGCAACACAUUGUCGAGAAAAUGAUAAUUCAGAAUUACACAGCUUGUACAGAUUUGUUAUAAUUUAGUUCAAAAUUUUGUGAUAUCUGCUGCUUGCUUCCUGACGUAUUCUGACUUUUCAUUGUCUUCUGCAAAGACAAAAAUACUGUUUAAAACUUACAAGGUAAUAUUUAUUUAAUUUUUUGAAACUGUACAGGCCUUAUUCAAACACUCAGUUAAGUAAAUGAAUACUAAGAUGAGCUUGAAUAUCCGUACGUUCAAAUAAAACUGCCCCUCCCUGACCAAGACAUCCUAAAAGUAGAAUAAAAUGCUACCCUCAAUCAGUUAGUUUGUUAAACCACAUCUUUAAGAGGGUCUUAAAGCCCACCAUAAACCCUGGCCGGCCCAGACAAGCUCCACCCCUGCCACCCUCUGUGGCUUCUGUGACACCCACCAUGGCCAGUGGGACGACUGCCAUGAACCCAGCAAGAGAGAGUCCCACUCCUCCUCUACCCAACCCUCCGCCCCUUCCAGAUCCUCCUAGAUCCCAAGAUCCAGACCCCAACCAUGCCCACCGUUCUCAUCCAGACCCUGCACUUGGACCUCCACCUGCCCCUCCACCUCCUCCACCACCUCCUCCACCUCCACCUCAAGCCCCGAGCCAGGCGGGACAACCAAAUGCCUCCCGCAAAAAGCGAAGGGUCCGCAGCUUCUAUUGGAAGCCCAUUCCAGAGGAGAAGGUCCGUGGCAAGCCCAACAUAUGGACUCUGGCGGUCAGGCAGCAGCAAUACCAGAUCGACGUGAGGACUGUAGAAGAGCUGUUUGGCCAGCAGGAGGAAGUGCGGACACAUGUGCCCACCGGGCAUCCCAGGUCAGGGAGAUCUAGAGCCUCCUUCAAAGAAAGCAAAGAUGAGAUCAGCAUCUUGGAUUCUAAGAGAGGGAUGAACGUGGGGAUUUUCCUCAAACAGUUCAAGAAGUCUAACGACACCAUUGUGGAAGAUAUACGGCUUGGCAACAGUAAACAGUAUGGAGCCGAGCCUCUUAAAGAGCUGCUGAAACUGCUGCCAGAAGCAGAGGAGAUAAAGAAACUAAGGGAAUUUAAAGGAGACCCUACAAAACUGACCCUGGUAGAUUCUUUCAUGUUCCUGCUGAUCCAGGUACCACGCUUUGACGUGCGGAUCGAGGCCAUGGUCCUGCAGGAAGAGUUUGCCCCGUCAUGUGCAGUGAUGAGUCGGGAGAUUAACGUUGUACGUCUGGCUACUGACGAGCUAAUGACGUGUGAAGAACUCCAUGCCAUCCUUCACUUGGUGCUCCAAGCUGGAAACAUCAUGAACGCAGGCGGUUAUGCAGGCAACGCCGUGGGCUUCAAGCUGUCCUCACUGCUGUCACUGGCAGACACCAAGGCCAACAAGCCAGGCAUGAACCUCCUCCAUUUCGUGGCUCUGGAAGCACAGAAGAAGGAUGAGAAUCUUUUGAAGUUUCCAGAGAAGCUAACACAUGUGCAGAGUGCAGCCAGGAUCUCAGUGGAAAACAUUGAGGCAGAAUUCUCCUCUCUCUAUGUGAGAACACGUUCCCUGGAGGAGAAGAUUCAGAGCGAUGCUGAUCUGCUCUCGCAGUUGGAUCCAUUUCUGCAGAGUUCAACACAGACUCUGCAGGACCUGAAAAGACGCAGGCUGGACCUGCGUAAAGAGGGCAAUGCCCUUAUUGAUUUCUUCUGUGAAGACAAAGACACCUUCAAACUCGACGAGUGCUUCAGGAUCUUCCAAGACUUCUGUCUCAAGUUCAAGAAAGCUGUGAAGGAUAAUCUGGAGAGGGAUUUGAAAGAGGCUGCCAGGCAGCGGCGCUUACGUGAGUUGGAAGAGAGGCGUUUUGCCUGGGCUGCCGCUAAUGGGGGGCAAAGCAGUAAUGGAGGUUUUGGUCGCAGCAGCAGUGAGAAUGAUGUGGACAUCCUUACCAAGGAGGGCCUCCUGGACUUCUUGCUGCAGCCCCGACCUCACAGCCCCCACAGUCCACUGGGGCGGUCUGCGAGUGCCCGUCGCUACCGCCACACAACCGCUGAUCGCAACCUCCGUGGUUACCUGGAGCUGUUUUCUGGGUCUUCCACAGCUGAUAGCGCCAAAUUCAGCAGCCUUCCGCGCUCAGGUCGCCCUCACCAGAGAAGGACCAUGCCCUGGCUGGCCUCACAGGAUGAUAACAGAGAGCUGGGGGUGCAGAAUCAGCUCUAUCAUGAUAAGCUGGCCACUUCUCCAAAGGCGGAGACUGAACCAAUUAGCCCCUUAGCUAGAUACUCAAUGUCAGGUUACACCAUGGAGAAUGAUGCAUACAACAAUAAUAAUUAUUCAACUGUUUCUGAAGGCAUAAUUUCUUCACGACUAAGUCACACUAGGAAUGUGUUCCAGAAGUCACAGGGUCAUGCUGUUGGACAGAUGAACGUUAGCCUGGAAAGACACAUGCUGGUGCCUGGGCUUCAGCCCUUAGAGUUGACAAAUCCUAACAACAAUAGCAGUUACAGGCCACUGGACAACCAGGGAGAUAUUUUUGUGACAGAUCUAGAGGAAAGAGAACUUCCUAAAUCGCUUGUUCUGGAUACCCCGCCAUCUAGUAAGAGUUCUGAGGAGGCACCACAACCAGGUGCAGUAUACGACAGCAAAAUAACUUCACCUCAGAGAGAGGAGGAAGAAGACACCAGCACUGUCUCCUCAACAACAUGUGACACACCUUUGCCUCUUGACCCAUCGUUAUCCAACAAGAAAUGUAUCCCUUACAUUCUGGACUGCACUGAAACUGAUUGCUCAGUCAUGUUAGACUGCUCAGAGCUGGAAAGUUCACCUAUUUUUAAGGAAGGAUCUCGACUCGAUGCAAAAUCGCAGGACAACAACUUACGAAGUCUCCUUCGAGAUCCUAGUUCCCUUUCCUCUAAUUUUGAGUCUUUGUCCACCAAUGAACCAUCAGUGUCUACAUCAGCUGAUGAGCCCCUUGGUGGGAAGGCAGUUGAAGAGCGCCCAGAGUCGGUCACUCCUUCUGUCACUACUGACGAGGCAGAUACUGACAGUUGUGAUACUGCAGAGGGUAGGAAGGUGGGCGAGAAGGCAGUGCAGACAUGCAGCUCCAAACCAGCUCACUUAAAAACCAAGACUCUGUCUAAAUCUGCAGCCACUCGAAUUGGCCGGCCUGCAAGAACACUCACAGCAACCGAGACCCAGAACUUGCGCAAGGUAGUGCCCAUCACCAAGCUGAGUCGGUCCGUCAGCAAUGCUAAGAGAGUUGAGAAAUCCUUAGGACAUGAGAUCACUGAACCGAAGCGUCCCCUACGUGACCAGAGCACGCCCACAAGACGGGGCGAAAGACAAGGAAGACCUGCUCGCCAUUCAAGCCUUCCUCCAGAGCAAGCCAAGGCACAAAGAGGAACAACCCCGAGUGCUGUAGGUUCUCGAUGGUCAAGAGACACCGCUCCACACAAGCCUUCCUUCAAGAAGCCGAAUGCCAAACCUAUUCGCAACUUACCUAAACCUCCACAUGAGGAAAAGAUGUGUCGCUCUACCAUGAGAGCCUUGGCCCAAGCUCAGGCUCAGGCCACUUUGGAAGGCACCAUGCCUCAGACGCCAACCCAUGCCUCAAAAGCCCCCUCAGCCCUGCCAAGCUUUGCUCGCAACACUGUCGCUUCCUCCUCCAGAACCAAAAAAGACUUGCCUGUCCAACCUGCUCCAGGAACUCCAUCAAAGAGCUCCACAUUGUCCAGAAGUGGCUCCCAGAAGGCACCAUCUGGUGGAAAAGCAGAAUCCGUAUGUAGUGGACACUCAACCCGAGGCGAGGACAAACCAGCUGGGUCUUUGAGGAGGGUUCAGAGCGUCCGAGCACCUAGUCAAAGCACUCAGCGCAGUGACACGCCCCCGCCACAGACUGGGCGGGAGCAGUCCCGCAAAGGUAGCAGUUUCUCUGAGAAAUCCUUUCCGAUCUCCAGCAGGACCCUCAAGCCCAUGUGGAAGUAGAAUGCAUAAAAGAGGUCAAGCAGAAAGAGAGUGCAAUCCCCCCUAUAGUUAACUUUCAGUUUUCUCCAUAUAGGCCUCUUGUAUUGUUUGAAUGUAUCUAAAGCCUUUUACAUGUAGCUGAAAUUCUACGUACUCAGCUUGUGUUUCCGAAAAGACACUAGCUGCUGUCAACAUUUGACAACACAUUUUAUGAGUAGCACUUCAUCCAUAUAAGGAUGUUUUUGAUGGCCUUUUCUGACACUUGAUACCAUUCAUCAAACAUCGCACCUUCAUACACUCCAAUCUCACGUUAGAUAUUUGAUGUUUUUUUAAAACAUGGUUCCCUGGUUGUCACUUAUGCCUGAUUUGUUAUAUCUACCAUAUCUACUGAGAUAUUGAACUAAAUGUGAUACUAGUUUUGUAGAUUUCUCUCCCUGUACAAUGUGUACAUGAACACUGUAUAGUAUCUUACAGGUUUAUAUCAAAAUGUCACAGAUAAUCAGCAACAAUAUGGGGUGAUUCCACUGAUUUGCCAAAAUUUCUGGAUCAUUCAGUCACAGAGAUGUAAACGAAAAGUCAUUUAGAAUGGUUUGAUGUGGUCUGGUGACGAGAUCCCAGGGUUGCAGAGUUUAAACAGUAUAGCUUUUUUAUUUUUUUAAAACUGAACAUAAACAAUGGCUGGCAUCAGGCAACUUAUUCAUAACUAUCUUUAUGUAAUAACUUUCUGAGGGAGGUCAGAGGAAAAUGAAUGAAAAAAACAGGAAACCUGGAGUUCAAAAAAUGAUUAAAAGAUACA